AUGUCUGCUUCCCAAGAAAAUCCUGCUCCAUGCGAAACAACGAGCGACGUCUUUUCCAAAGGAUUUUUACAAAAUGCCUUAAAAAUAGAGGCGAAAGGCGGCCCCGUCCCGGAAAUAACUUCCUAUUUGACCACCCUUGGCACAAAACCGGGCGAUAAUUAUGGCAGCAUCAUUUACUCCGUGGAUAUCGACUUAUCCGACGGAACGAAGCGUUUCUUUGUUAUCAAAUGUUAUCCGAACCAUCCCGGCCGACAAGAAUUUGGCAACACGAGCAACAUGUUUUUUAAAGAGUGUGAAGUCUACUCGAAAUGGAUCCCGGAAUUGGGUCGGAUGCAGAAAGAAGUGUUUUCCCUGGAUGAAGAGGAACGGGUUAAGUUACCCUAUGCGAAAUUUGUGCAUGGCGAAUGUAUCGAUUUCCAAUCGGAGGAAGGUCAGGCCCGAAAAUCUGGGGUAAUAAGUUCCCUUGACAAUUUCAUAAUUAUGGAAGAUCUUCGAAAAACGUACGGAUUUCGGAUGAGUAAUCGUCUCGUACCUUUCGACCUGGAUCACAUGCACCUCGUUAUUGAAACCCUAGCAAAAGUACAUGCGAUAAGUUGGGUCUAUCGCAACCACGUGGAAUCACAAAUUACGGAAAAGUUUCCCUGUUUGGUGACAAACCUCCGAAUGGAAAACAUGGAAAUUUGGAGUAGCGUCAUUAACGCUAAUUUGGAACAAGCGAAAGAAAUUUUUGAUAAAGAAUUUGGCCCUGGAAAUAAUUAUUCUGCCUCAGCAGACAAGUUUGCUGGGAUGGUUGGUAAAAUAUCUGAAUUGACUUGUGGCGGAGAUGAAGAUGGGACUGGGAUAGAAAAAUUGUUGCGAAUUACGAAUCCUGAUCCGGUAAAGUUUGGGAGGGAUGCGAAAAAUCCGGAACCUUGGCGAAUCAUUUGUCACGGGGAUUGCUGGAGCAACAAUAUGCUCUUCCGGUACGAUCCCAAGAGUGGAAAACCGCUCGAAAUCGUACUCGUUGAUUUGCAACUUCCGCAAGAAUCCUGCGUCGUGAAUGACCUCGAAUACGUCUUUUUCGUCUGUACGUCGUUAGAAUUUAGACGAAAACAUACCGACACUCUUCUCCAGCUUUAUCACGAUACUUUUAACGGGAUCUGUGACAAGUUUGAGACCCCAACUCUUCCCGGAUUUUGUAUGGAUUCACUCCGAUUUCGGUUUCAUCGGGGUAAACUUCUCGGCUACUAUUUGGCCAUGAUGGUGCUCCCGAUUAUCUUGAAGGAUGGGAACGUCACCAACAUGGAGGACAUUGAACAAAGUAAAGAUAUCGCGGAGGCGUUCAUCGAUAUUUGCAAGGCUGAUGAGAAUGCUUUGCUUAAAGGGAGGCUUAUCGAAGUUAUGAAAGGGAUGAUUGAAGAUGGGGUAUUUUAA